CCUUGACUAGCGGUGAACAGGAAGUGAGAGUGGAAAAAGCUCGGGAGGACCGGUCCAGUCGAGGCGGUGGAGGGAAGGCAACCCUAACUCCUUCUGGUUUCCCUUUAGUAGGCUUGGGAAAACACUUGAACAUGUGGCAUCCCAAUGCUGGGCAACCAGCACAAAAUCCAGGUAUGCCCUACAUGGGGUGCCCUGGAGGUUCUAAUCCUGUGUGUCCACCUCCUUUGUGCCCGCCAUGUGUAAAUCCGGCCAUUCCUCCUGGCUCUGGUCCUGCUCCCGGGUGUCCCUUUCCCCCAGGAGCUCCCCAGGGGAACCCAGCUUUCCCUCCAUGUAGGCCGCCUUAUCCUGGGCCACAGCCGCAAUAUCCAGGAUGCCAACCCUCAGGUCCUUACCCUCCCCCAUACCCACCACCUGCAUCUGGCAUGUAUCCUGGGAAUCCCCUGGCUCCUGGCAUGGGGUGCCCACAAGGCCCAAAGGACAAGAAAACACUGAAGAAAAUGAAGAAAGCACAUAAAAAGAUGCACAAACACCACAAGCAUGGCAAGCAUUCCUCCUCUUCCUCCUCCUCUUCCAGCAGUGACUCUGACUGAAUACAGGGCCUGGACCCUCCCCUCAAGUCUCACCAGUUUUGCUCUCAUCAAGCUUCUGCGGUGUUGUACUGGGGGGAAAUUAGCCAUCUGAUCCUCACCCCACCCUCACCUGAGCCUUACCUUGCUCUUCAGCCCUGACUGUUUAGGGAAAAUGGAAAGAGGAUUUCUUUGGGCUAGUAAAGACUAUCUUCUCCCUGGUUGAUUGAUCUUAGAUCUGAAGACUUUUUUUUUCUUUUCUUUUUUUUUGGUUCAAGACUGGGACUUCAACUCAGUACCUGAUACUUUUGCUCAUUGGCUAGCACUUUACCAAUGGAGCCACGCCUCCAACCCCAAGAGCUGAAGACUUUAAUAGGGGAGCA